AUGUCACGCUCAACUGGUCAAGCCCCCAAGUCCAUCCUCCGUGCCCUUUCUCUACCUUUAGAUGGAUCUGGGACUUCCUUCAAGUCUCUCCACGGGGGAUCUGGGUUUGCUCAAACAGGUCAUCUUACGGCUUCAGUACCUUGUACUAGCAAGGAUGGUAACGGUGUGGGGGGCGAGAGACAUUACUUUGUGAAGAUAUCGUCUUCCACUCCCGCUUCAGAUAUUGACCUUGACGGGGAUGUGGACCCAUUACCAGAAGAAGCCGCGAUGUUCAGAGGCGAGUUUACAAGCUUGAAUGCGAUUGCUGAAGCCGUCCAGGAUAUAUGUCCGAGGGCCAUUGCGUGGGGUAGCUUUAAAGAUGGUGAUGACCAUGAGGAACUAUCCACUCCGCAAACUGAUGCGUCAAGCUGGUUCCUCGUCACGGAAUUCUUACAGCUUGGUGGCAUCGGACGCCGGUCUGCUCUAGGCUCAAGCUCGCUAGCAGUUCGACUGGGGAAAUUGCAUUCUAUCCCGGCGCCAUCUCCGCCAACUCGUGAAGAGGUUCAACAGGCUGCGAAGACAGACUUCAGGCUUAAUGGGCCAGAGGGAGAUGGGGAAGAUAAAACCCCUCAGUUUGGAUUUCCAGUACCUACAUUCUGCGGGAAUGUGAAGCAGGCUAAUCAAUUUCGGCGCUCGUGGGCUGACUUCUAUGCAAACCAACGUCUGAGGACCGUUCUUGCAGAGGCCGAAAAGAGGAACCAUCAAGAUAAAGCUCUACGGAAUCUAGUUGAGAGAGCCGCUGACGAAGUAGUUCCUCGAUUAUUAGGUGAUGGGCACCUCGGAUUUGAUAAAAAAGGUAAAGGAACGCCAGUGGUUCCAGUUAUAGUCCAUGGAGAUCUUUGGAGUGGAAAUACCGAUGUGGGAAAGAUAUGUAGGGCGCCUCAAGAACAAGAUUCCUGUCAGGAUGAGGAGGUUGGGGAUGUGGUAUAUGAUCCAUCAUCUUGCUAUGCGCAUAGUGAGUUUGAAUUGGGGAUUAUGCAAAUGUUUGGCGGGUUUAGUGGUCAGUUUUAUAAGGACUAUCACCACAUUGUACCAAAAACGGAGCCGGUAGAGGAAUACCAAGACAGGAUUGAUCUAUAUGAGUUGUCAGUUAUGCGCACUGCCCUUUUUCUCUAUUCUUGA